CGAAAAAAGGGAAAACAUGUUGCAGGAUUCAUCGCGAUACUUAUCAAUUCGCACUGAGAGUGGCGCCGAAACCGAUAAUUUUGCUGGAAGAGUAAUAGUCAUAUUUCUCGGUUUCUGCAUCUGCUAUGAAGAAAUGUUUCGUUAGACUAGCAACAAACUAGCGCAGUGGACAACUCUGGCUUGUGUUGUCGACAUCAGAAACGGCCACAGGGCCGGGGAUGAGUUGUGGCUCACUGUUCGCUUAGAAAAAUGUUUCAUACUACAUCUGAUGGAAGGUUUUUUAAGGCUUGGAACGGUAGAAAAGAGGAGCUAAUCAUAGAAAAAACAAUUUUGUCCGUAUGUAAAGGCUUUCAUUCACUAGGUAUACUCCAUAACACUUUUUACUAUGUUUUCCUUAGUUUUCUUGAGAAAAGACUGUUUGAGUAUCUGACUGUUAUGUUGUUAUAAGGUUUUAAUAAAUUUUUUGGCUCUGUCGGUAGCAGAAAUUAGAGUUUUCUUGUAAAUAAACCUCUUUUUUAGAAGUCAUUAUCAUUUUCCAGGCGUCCGAAAACGUUAUAAAGAAAAAUAAACGUUUUCAAAAAAAUAAAAAUCGCCAUAUUUUAAUUGCGUUAUUUUUCAUUUAAAACUUAUUGUUUUACACAUGAUUCGAUGCAACUUGUCGAGCUGAUUCUGAAUGAAUCUUAUGUCAAAUACUCUUCUAAAGCCUAGAAGCAUUUGCGCAUUUUUACGCUAAGGUGAUUAAUGUGCUAUGAAUAGAGAAAUUGGUGCAAAGUUUCAGUAAGAAAACACAUCAGAAAAUUCCAGAAGCUUACUACUAAUUGUAGAGCAUUGUUUUAGCAUGAAAAAUAGCGGUUUUCUUUCGAAUUUUAAGUUUAAAUAACAUAAAUUCGUUUUCUGAAAUGUCAUGAAUGACUCACAUUCAUGCAGAAAAUUUCACUUAAAUCGAACAGAUUGGUUACCUUAGUCAAAAACACUUUAUUUCAUUUCGAUAUAGUGCUUUUAAACCUCUUUGCACUACACAAGUUAUCCCAAGACUGUAAGACUCAAUUAGAACAUUUCUUUUAAGCAAAGAUAAUUCAUAGUUUAAACAUUAUUACCCACUAUUCGAAAUCAAGAAAAUGCACACGUUCAUUUGUUGGCUGAAUGUCUGCGUCAUUGACACUAGAUAGUCUAUCCCUUUUCUUGCUAUUAAUAAAAAAUACGGCCUUGGUUGGAAACUAUUGUUCAUAACAAAAAUAAAAAAUUUCAUUUAUGCCAUUUUUCUUUUGAUAGACGAUCGUCAACAACAAAAUCGACCUGUGUCUGAACGUAAACAACAUCAAAAGAAAAAAGCAAAACGUUCUCAUAUUCAAAAUAAUAAAAUUGUCUCAAUGAAUACCGAUUUAACCUUAAACGAUAUUGUUUCUUCGAGUAACAUUGAUAUAUCUAUGGACGAUGAUGAUUUAUAUCAGUAUAAACACGUCUACAAUGUUUUUAUUAGCUUAGAUAUGCAUUUAUAUAAUAAACAAACAUAUCGUGGUGAUUUAGAAAUGCUCGGUUAUAAUUUGAUAGUUUGGAUAGGAGGAUGUUUGCCGUGGAAUAAAAAAUUAAAGUCAAAAUUGACUCAAUCAACAAUAACAAAUGAAAAACAAUUGGCCAAAUCGAACGUUAAUGAAUUUGUUAAAAAAUGUUUUUAUAUGAAAUUAGUAAAUCCGGUUGUUUUACGAGCAAUUUGUGAUUAUAUGACAAUGAUUUAUCAAUUAAAUAUUGAUGAUUUACCAAAUUAUGAUCAGUUACGUGCACCGAUUCGAGAAAUAAUCAAAGCGCUCGGUUUUAAGGCUAAUGCGUGUUUGCGAUUAUCAAAUUCGAAAACUAAAUCGAAUAGUAAUGAUAAUGCCACGACAGGUCAACAAGGUAAUUCAAAUGUUAAAAAUGCUCAAGAAUUUUCAAGACCAUCACAUUCCAUUGAAGAAGAACAGGAAGAUGGUGAUGAUGAAACGAGUGAGGAUGGUGAAGAUGAUGUAGAGAAUGGUGAUGAUAACGAUGAAAAUAGUUGUGAUGAAAAUGAAAAAGAGCAACAACAAAAGGACGAACAACAGCAACAACAUAGUGAUAAUAUUCAAUUAUCUACAAAAUGUAAACGUUGUGGUGUUGAUCAUAGUACGCCGUCAGAUCAACAGUCAAGCAGUAGUGGUGAUAAACAAGGCUCAUUAUUAACAUAUCAACAAAAACGUCAACGAUCAAUUGCCAAACGAUUGCAAUUGAGACGAAAAAAGAAAAAUUAA